GCAUCCACGUAAAUACCCAACGAAAAAUACUGCUUUUCUUUUAAACUUUGUGUUCCUUUUUCGAACUAUAUCAUUUCUUUUCAAUAAUCCAAGCUGUUAGUCACCGACAGCUUGUUCCUUUAAAACAAAUAUUAAUACAAUAAACACAACAUUGCUUCUUAUUUUAUAGCUCUACUACUCUCUCUAUUUCUAUCUUUUUAAAAAUGAACUCUUCAACUGAAAUUAACAUUGCUGCUUACAGUCCUUAUGGUGUCAAGUGGUCAUUAGGAAGACAACUAGAAAUGAUAUCACGGAUCAAGGGUUGGAUGGAACUAGAGGUAGACCACGUGCAGACUAUCUUUGGAGAAGUCUCUAUGAAUGCCAUCGUGCUGGAAGCAAGCGAAGCGCUAUGGCCAUUCAAAGAACCUUGCAAAAAAAAAAACAACCCUGAGGAAGUGGUUAUCACGGUGGAUGGUAACCACUGUCAUGUUCUCGGCUCUGCAGAGGAUCUUCAGCACCUUCCUCUGUCUACAGAUGUCAAAGAAGCCAUUCUUCAGCGACUGCAAGAAGGAUAUAAUACUAGAAACGUACGUUUUGCUAUGCAUAGAGCAUUUCACUCUCACAAUGAAGCUGCAGCAAGCAUUCCCCAUCGAGAUAAAUUUAUUCAUAGUGAAGACGUGUACAACAUCAGGAAAGUAUUUGAAAGAGUUUACAAGAGGCAUGACGAUCAGAAAACAUCUGUCAAACACUGGUUGAAUCAUCUGGAAACAAAGAAUUACAAUGUAUUCAUCGACAAUGACUACGACAGUUCGCUCACCUUUGGAUUCUGCUCAGCUUGGCAAGCAUCCCUUUUAGCCGAAACGAAGGGAUUUUUCUUUGGAUGCAACACAUAG